AUGGAGGUUGUCAAGAAUCAGCAACCACUUUCCUCUCUUCGCAUCCUGGAGCCAGCCUUCAACGGCCUGGUCGGCGAUAUCCCGGAAAAUUUGCUCGAACCGGGCCGCGUUACUUGCGUGGAUCCAGGAGAUCCUCGUUGCCGGCGACUGGCAUCGGACUCGCCAGUCAGAGGUCUACGACGUCGGAAGCAGUUCAUUCUAGUCAUAGCUCCAAGCGCUACCGUCUGGUUUCCUAUUGUAGGGAUGGCAGCGAUGGUUGCGACUAGUGCGAACGCACAAAAAUCGUACUCGAUCUUCGACAUCUCUGCUCUAAUGGGCCGGCUUGAACGCCAUGCCAACGUCCACGCCGAUCUGCCCGAUUGGCUGGGCGUUUGGGUCCUUCCGCUUAAUCCCAGCCAUUGGGCCCCCAACGCCGUUCAUUACGACUGUCGAGUAGCCAAUGACUCUCACUCGGGAGACUGA